AUGGUUGGUGUGCCCGGUAGAUCCAAGGCAUGCGUCACCUGUCGGAGGCGUAGAAAGGGUUGCGAUAAGAAAGUGCCCUUUUGCGGCCAGUGUCUCACUCUAGGUAUCCCAUGCGAGGGAUAUGAGCGUCAACAAAUAUGGCUCAUCACCGAAGGAUCCACGCAAAAAUCAUACACCAAAUCUCCAUCACGAAGUCCAUCCUCAUCACCAAGCUCAACUUCGGGAUCGGUGGUAAUACUUCACGACUCACUUACAAGGACAGCCAGAGCCCAAAAGUUCACUGGUCUUUUCUGGUCAGAUUAUCUGUCUGGUGGAAGUGGUUAUUCCCUAAAAGCCUCAGGUAUAACCAGUACCAAGUGGAUGAAGCUCUAUGAGGCUCUGAGCGAAGUUGAAGCUAGUCUUCAAUACGUCGCUAUGGCACUCAGCACAGCGACGCUUGGCGCCACCAACAAUGACAUCCAGCUCAUGAACAAGAGUCAACAGGCGUAUGGCCUAGCAAUGCAGCAAAUGGCAACGUCAUUUAUAUCUCCGUCACGAAACAAGGAUGGUAUCCUCGCUUCUAUCCAGCUCAUGCGAGUAUACGAGCAAUUAUUCGGCACUGGCAUUUCCGCAGCUCAAAAGAACUCGCCCGUAUCGCAGAUCAAGGGUUUCAGAAAGCAUAUAGAUGGGGAGACUGCUCUCAUUUUAAGUCGCGGACCUGAAGAUUCAUGGUCUGCCAUGGGAAAACAGCUUCUUGCGGAUGGCCGUCUAACUUUGAUCAACGCAUACAUCUCACGACGCAAACGAUCACCAUACAACAACGGCUGGAAACAAUCACAACUCUGGCGCUCAGUAACAAACUCCCCCCUCAACCAACUCAUUGACAUAUUGGUUGAAGUACCAGCACUUCUAGAAGACCUCGAUAUCUUCCGAGAAACUCUGAAUAUCGAACUCUAUAAUUCAAUUCUGACUCGAUGUCACUCCUGCGAGGUUGAGAUAUUAGCGCUAGGGUUGGGAUUUGGCGAGUCACUUACUACUUAUGACUACACAUAUACCAGGGAGCCUUUACCGAUACCCAAGAACGAUGAUGAUCUCGCAGUUGUUUAUCUGAGCUGCUAUUACUGGAUGACAUGCAUGUUUAUAUACUCAACAUUGGGCUUCUGCGAACUCGAAUCCAUGGAUAUAUAUGCAAGAAGCCCUAUACUGAGUUACCCAAGCCAACGAAUUGCAAUGUCUUAUGCCUACAAGAUUGCUCACGCCAUACACCUGCUAUUUGACCCUCCAGCCGGAACUUAUAGCUCAGUAGCAGCAUUUUUCCUUCUCGGGACUGCUCUACGAUACCUCAUCAUGAUAGAGACCCACGGCGGCAAUGAAAUUAUGAGCAAGGAGAGGAUGCUCCUGGUGAGCAUAUUUACUAGGCCAUUUCUGGGGAGCUUUGUUGGGAGAUUUCUUCAAAACUUGCAGGUGGAUGAUGGUAUCGACUAUGGAUAUCCUGCGGAUAUACUCUUGGGGAUGAGAGGGGUUGAGUAUAGAGCCAGAGUCUGGUGGUGCGGAAUGAUGCAGGCUGGAUUGCCGGAGUUUACGCUAGAAGAUCCAUGUUAUCCAUCAAAAUAA